CAAAUUCUUGUUCAGAAAGGUGUUCAGUUUUGACAGUGUUCAAACUCGAAGGCGGUGAGAGCGAGAGAUAUUAAUAUUUUUUGGGUCUGCGGAAGACCAGAGGAGCAGGAGCCCGACCUUAGCACGGAGCGCGAGGACAAAUCUGGAAAAUCGAAUAGGACUCUCCGGCGUAAGAAAUAUGCAACGAGCAAAUCAGUUGCUGUUGUUCCCUCCCUUGUGCUCUCUUUGAAUGAUCUGUCUUGCCACUUCGUCAAUAGUCACUUCUGUUGAGAGUUAAGUACAUACUCUUCGAGCUCUGUCGUGAUAUAUUUGUAUGGACCGACGACGAUUACUCAAAAGUGACCAGGGAGAUCAUAUCUACUGCAACAUCGUUUUUGGUGUAGUAGUUGUUUCAUAGAUUGGCCCACAUUGAUAACAUGGCACUAAUCAUGUCACAUGAUGUGGCAAAUGGUAGUAGAUCAUUAUUUUCCACGUGCAUCUAAAGAUUUUCCAUCUUUCUAGCUUUCUAAACUUUCCUACAUUAAUAGCGCAAGUAAUUCAUUGACAGCAGAACGUUUUUCUCGUUGUUUCUUUUGGUGGCUGUCACCUUGCGACGCCUCGAGAACUGCGAGAUGGAUCACAGGGACGUUGUUAAUCUCAACAACUACAAUAAGAAUAACAAACUAGUGAAUAUCAAGAAGUUACCAAAAGCAUUUUUUAGGUGCUGGAUGGUAUUGUCAGCUACUAGUACUUACGUAGUUGUCAACAUACAACAUCACAUUUUUGACAUUCAUGAUCUUCUAGUUAAUACUAGAAAAGGGGUGUUUUUAGUACAUUGCUUAUUUUGCAUAAUAUGAGUUGGAAAGAACCAAAACAUGGGGAUGGGGUACGUAGUAGCCGAGGUGUGAGUCAACAUUUUCACAUCAGCUAGAAAUUGCUACAGGAGUUCUUGCACAGUGAGUUCAUAUUUUUACAAUAAAAAUCACAGUUCAGCACCCCAACGUUGAUGUGGUAUUGCAAGAGCAAAGAACUUCCAAAAGUCGAUUAAAUUAAUAGCAGAUCGUGGAAAGCAUAUAGG